AUGACGACGUUGACGCAGAUUGUGAACGAGAUCUAUGUCCCCGCCGACCAGCCCAAGGUGAUCGGAAACUAUUUACUGGACACGGUGAUUGGGGAGGGAAGAUUUGCUUGUGUCAGAGCCGGGAUACACCAGUUGGCCCAGGGUCAGGUGGCGGUGAAGACUCUGUCCAAGUUCUGCGCGUCUCGGGGCGACACCCAGCGAUGUCUGUUCUUCCAAGAGUCAAAGAGUCUGCGCAGACUGCAGCAUUGGAACAUCGUCAGGCUCUACGAAACCAUGGAAACGAAGAACACUUACUACCUCGUCCUGGAGGUCAUACCAGGGAUGUCACUGUCGACCUUGCUGAACAAAAGGGGGACACUGCCAGAAAACGAAGCCCAACUCCUGAUUGGUCAGUUAGCGUCUGGCGUCCUCUAUAUGACGAAGAGCGGCAUUGUCCACCGGUCAGUUUAUUUCGGCCUGAGUGCUAGCUGUGUUGCCGGGCAACAUCUCCGAGAUCAGUGCGGAACACCAAUGUAUGCCGCGCCGGAGAUUUUCGGAAAACAGCCGUACACAGGCGCCGUGGAUGUGUGGAGCAUGGGUGUUGUUCUAUGUGAGAUGGUGACGGGUAUCUUUCACAUGUUCACUGAUGUUUUCAGGGGUGUUGUUCUGUGUGGGAUGGUGACAGGAGUGUUGUUCUAUGUGAGAUGGUGA